AAAACUAAAGUAAUUAAAGAAACAUGAUAAAAAAACUGUCGAGUGCUGUAGUGCUGUGCUUCGUCUACGGAGUGGCGUCUCAAGCUCCCGGUGACGGGUGUUUCCAAGAUGGCGUCCCCGGCGUGUGCAGACCACUCCGUGACUGUCAGGCCGUGACAGAUAACCCGAGGAGCCAGUGGUGGAAACUAGCCAGAUGCGGCUUCGAAGGGUUCGAGGUAAUAAUCUGCUGCGUGGAGCAACCCAGCACCACGUCUGCGAGACCCGUCGCCACCACGCCUCGACCUGGGACAACAACGACGGAAUUCUUCGUGCCAGUCUACGACUAUAGUCCCAACACGCCUAUAGUUGACGAGUGUGCUGCCGUGGAACCAGACCGAACUGCGGCGAAGACUGGACGGAAAGCUUGGGACAAAUGCAUUGACUACCAACAUGAACUAGUGUAUCCCUGCGAGCGAACGGCCCUUUCAGGCAGCAUGGGCCGCGCCAACCGCUGCAACCACAACGUGGAUGAACUAAUCGUGGGAGGAACCAACGCUAAGAGAACAGAGUUCCCUCACAUGGUGCUGCUUGGCUACGGGCAGUCGAAUGGUACAGCGGUGUGGCAGUGCGGCGGGACACUGCUGAGCGACCGGUUCAUACUCACGGCAGGGCACUGUACUUCAGCCAGAGAUGUGGGACCAGUGGCCUACGCGAUCACCGGCACUCUGAAACGGACUGACGACGUGUCCGCCUCUCAAGUGCACAGAAUCAGACGGAUCAUCAAACACCCGCAGUAUAAGGCACCUUCCAAAUACCAUGACAUUGCUCUGCUAGAAGUUGAGAACCCGAUCAAACUAGAUUUCACCACGGUUCCCGCGUGUCUCGACGUCUUUGACGGAGACCAUUCUAAAGCUGUAGCCACUGGCUGGGGCGCUACCACUUGGAUGGGAAGCAAUGCCGACUAUCUACAGAAGGUGACACUGAACAAGUUUAAAGAUGAAGAGUGCAGCGCCAAGUUCCGGCCCAGCCGAAACAUCCAGAACGGCUACGACCCGGACACGCAGGUCUGCUACGGAGACUACACGCAGUCCAAGGAUACUUGUCAGGGAGACAGCGGCGGCCCGCUCACCAUCCAAAACCGUCAGAUCCACUGCAUGUACACCGUCAUUGGUGUCACGUCGUUUGGCAAGGGCUGCGGGACCAUCGGGGACCCCGGGAUCUAUACUAAAGUGUCUCACUACGUCGAUUGGAUUGAGAGCAUAGUCUUCGCUUAAAAGC